CGCCCAUUUAACAGAAGAAGCCGACGACUAACAGGCAGCACCGAGGAGCCGGUCCACAGAGGGACGUUCAACAAUUCUCUGAGAUUUUCCACGUACAAUAAUCAAAACGUCGUACGCAAUGAGAGGAGACCGCGGCAGAGGCCGAGGCGGCCGCUUCGGGGCCCGCGGGGGACUGGUCCAGGGGUACCGGCCAUUUGUCCCACACAUUCCCUUCGAUUUUUAUGUGUGUGAGAUGGCCUUCCCCAGAGUGAAGCCUGCACCUGAUGAGACGGCGUUCAGUGAGUGUCUGCUGAAAAGGAACCAGGACCUGAGCCCCACCCCUGCAGAGCAGUCUUCCAUCCUGUCCCUGGUCACAAAGAUCAACAACGUGAUCGACAACCUGAUCGUUGCACCUGGAAACUUUGAAGUGCAAAUUGAAGAGGUGCGUCAGGUGGGUUCCUACAAGAAGGGCACCAUGACGACCGGACAUAAUGUUGCUGACCUGGUUGUGAUCCUCAAGAUUCUCCCUACAUUGGAGGCUGUGGCCGCCCUCGGUAACAAAGUAGUGGAGACGCUUCGCACACAAGAUCCUACUGAAGUGCUGUCCAUGUUGACCAAUGAGACCGGCUUCGAGAUCAGUUCAGCUGACGCUACAGUGAAGAUCCUCAUCACCACUGUCCCUCCUAACCUGCGCAAACUGGACCCCGAGCUGCACUUGGACAUCAAGGUGCUGCAGAGCGCCCUCGCUGCCAUCCGUCACGCUCGCUGGUUUGAGGAGAACGCCUCUCAGUCAACAGUCAAAGUAUUGAUCCGCCUGCUGAAAGACUUGAGGCUGCGUUUCCCUGGGUUCGAACCCCUGACGCCCUGGAUCCUCGACCUGCUGGGCCACUCUGCAGUGAUGAACAACCCCUCCAGGCAGCCUCUGUCUCUGAACGUGGCCUACAGGCGCUGCCUGCAGAUGCUGGCUGCUGGUCUCUUUCUGCCUGGCUCUGUGGGCAUCACUGACCCCUGUGAAAGUGGAAACUUCAGAGUGCACACAGUCAUGACGCUGGAACAGCAGGACAUGGUGUGUUUCACCGCUCAGACUCUGGUGAGGGUGCUGUCUCAUGGAGGCUACAGGAAGAUCCUCGGUCUGGAGGGAGAUGCCAGCUACCUAGCUACAGAGAUGUCAACAUGGGACGGCGUGAUCGUGACUCCCUCAGAGAAAGCCUACGAGAAACCUCCGGAGAGGAAGGAGGAGGAAGAUGAAGCUCUGGAGGAAGGAGGGGACGGCGAGGAUGAGAGCAUGGAGACACAGGAGUAACGAAGUAAACGUGGCGAAUUUAUCGACCCUUCAGCCUGACUCUGAAAGACCAGCAGGAGUUCGUACGACAGUCACUGGUCCCCUCGUGUCCCUGAUUUCUUUCUUUUUUUCUUUUUAUAAAUGGUAAUGUUGGUUUUGUUUGUACUUCCUUUUUGUAACAGUUGACAUAAACUUAUUUCUAGUUUUA